GCUGUCAAUGACAUUUCGACGUUCGAAACGUAUUUUUACGAAAUAUAUUUUGCCUAAUUUUCUUAGUUGAAUCGCUAACUUAUAUAAUUAUUUUAUAAAAAAUAGUUAAAUAAUUGAAAUUCCAACGAAUAUACAUUGAUUAUGUACCUUGAAAGUUAGUGGUUCCCCUGUCUCUUUGAUAACAAAAAUGGUAUCAACUUUGAAUUCAGACGAAAAAUAUAAUAGAGUGAGGAGGAAAUUCUGUUUUUAUUUGGAUGUUCAAGACCAUGGUUUGUCUAGAGCCAUGAGUCGCAGAAUUCAGGACUUAGGUUUGCAGCAAGAAUUAUUUCUGACAUCCCGCGUGACGCACGUAGUGCGCGAUCGAGUGACAGAGACAGGAGGUGCGGGGGGCGCAGGAGUCGCGGGCCCCGCGCGAUGGGCGCGGCGUGAGGGGCGCGCGCGCGCCGAUGCCAUGCUGGAGCGCGUGCGGCCAGACCCGCCUCACCACACACCCAACAAUAAAUACAUACAGAUCUCUGUCCAGAAGGCUAUAAGUCUAUUGGAUAAACUGUAUGAUACAUUCUUCGCGCCGCCGCGCGUAGCGCAUAUCACGUACUUCACUAAACAUUUUAUCAAGAUUGAAUUUUUGGACAAGUUGUGCAGACCUAUUUACAAGGAAUUUGAUGAAUGGCCAGAGUUAUCAUUAGAACCAGACCCUCCAAAAGAAAAGAAGAAAGAAACACCAGAGAAAAUUGUUGUCAAUAAUCAAAAAGAUAUUGCCAUCCAAAAAAUGACGCGUAAAAGUCGUCCAAGAAUCAAGGAGAAGGAAGAUAAAGAAGUAAAGGGUGGCUACUGUGAGAUGUGCAACCAAGACUACGGAGAUGCGGCAUUACACCGGCGAUCCCCGCACCACCUCGCCUUUGUGCGUAACCACACAAACUUUCUCGCGCUGGAUUCGCUCAUCGGUGCCGGCACUGAUGUCGCCACUUUCCUAGAUAAAGCUACACCCAUCAACGGUGAGCGCCGUUCGCUAAGAAAAAUGUGCAAUGGUGACAGCGACCCACCCAAAAGCAAACGUUCGAAGCGAUCCCAGUCACCAGACUCUACAGUCAAUGGUAACCUCAGUCCAAGGCGUAAUGGAGUGGUAGAAGAUGAGAAAAAACAUAAUACCCGGUGCAGUAAAAGAGCCAGUGAAGCGGCCACGGAAGACCGACAGUACUACAAAGUAGUGGGUGUCAGCACAAAGCUUAGGUCGAGUGGCGGGUUCUCGAAUAAAAGAAAAGAUUCAUCCCCUUCAUGUAAUGGUACAAAGCCUCUAGUCGUUAAGUUCAGAAAAGUGCGGCGCUCCGAGUUAUCUGUUCUCAGUGAUGAAGCGGAACAAUUUAUGUUUCCAAAACGCGCCAGCUCCACAAGUUCCACGUCUUCCGACGAUGACGACAAAGAACUGAGUUCGCGAAGAAAAACAACGACGCCGCCACCGCCGCCACCUGUAGAAAGGCGAAGACAAGCACGGCCACUCGCACUAAAGGAGGAAUCUUCAGAGGAAGACAGUUGGCCCGAAGAUAAGCGGAGGCGAAAGAAACGGACGCCUGCUGUCGCUAAACGAGCACGCAGAGUGCCGUGUAAAGCACAAAGUACGGAACCUCCUCCUGAGCCUCCAGAGGUAGUUGAACAAAUAGUGCCUGCAGAGCCUCCUGUACCACCUGACGGCGAAGUAAGUCCAUUGAGAGAAGAACCCGUCGAGCGAUGUAUGAAGUGGGAAGAUGGGAAGCUGAAGUACACCCCAGCUGUGGAGCAAUUGGAAUUUGCCUUUGAAUCUGUGCCACAUAGUGAGCCCUGGUUUGAAACCUUCAAAAGACAAGAUGAGGACAAAGUGCUUGUUAAGAAUAUACCUAAAUAUUUUGCAUUAUAUUCAAAAUCGCCAAAGUUACCAUAUGAAAUUGGUCAGUUACCACCUUUAAAGCCAAAUUGCUGUCCACUAAGUGACUUGGUCAAACGAGAAGAAAAGCCAGGACCGUCGCGGUCUUACGGGACGCGAGGAAUGAAGAAACAGAAAAUUAGAAAAAGAACGGCUGCGCUUCUCGCUCUCGAGGGGCACCCUCGAAAAUCCCCCCGUGAACAUGCAUCUACCUUGGCUAUUCUCGGCUCGGCUGGUUUGGUGCACCGGCGGAGACAUGCUGACGAUAACAAGUCCACCGCUUCGGAAGAUACAAUUAGCGAUACGCACAGUAAUGCCAAAGUUGAACCUGUCAUUUCUGAAACUCAAGAGGCAUCUGAGAGAUUACAACAGUUUUUGUCUGAAGUUUUCGAAGACGCGGCGGAGUACGACGUGUCUGAUGAGGUGAUGGAUGGUGAGCCCGCCGUUACCACGUCUACUAAUAUCCUAGACGUGUCCAGCAUGGUGUCCGAGUGUGAGAACUGUGAUCUGAUUAGAAAUGAGAUCAAAGAAGCAGCAGACCGACCUAAAGGCAGACGCGGAAAAUUUAAAAAGAAGAAUAGAACAGGCUGGCCUAAUAAAAAGAAGCAAACUAAGAAGAGUUCCAGAACAAGCAGUGUAGAGUCUGAACACAAAGUAGACAGCAGUUUAGACCGAUCGUCAGCAGAGCCACCAGAUGACGAUACCACACAAGAUGCGAUCAGCGAGGAAGAUACUAAUUUAUCUGAGACUGAAAAAGAAGACAAAACUAUACUAGAAAAGUCCAAAACAGAGUUUGACUCGAAAGACAAAACUUUGACAGAGGACUCAAUAUCUGAGAAAUGUGAUCCAAUGGACAUAUCUGAUAGCAAAGACAAUACUUUACAGGAGUUAAAAAUAUCAGAAGAAAAGUCUAAGGACGAGAAAGAGGAACGAAAACUACGUUCAGAGACUGAUGAUAAAGAUAUAAAAAAGAGGAAACGGGCGAUGCACGGGCUGGGCGACUGGAUGCAACCAGUGGUGCGAGUGGCCCGAGUGGACCCAGGGGCGGCACGCCGUCUGCGGUCAGCAGCCCGGCCGCGGUCCAACCGGUACAGAUAGCGCGCGGCCCGCCGCUGCCUCACCAAACAACGAUAAUUUCCUCAAAUGAACUUCAUUGUUCCGCCAAACCUACCGUCGAACAAUCAGUAGUUGUGAUCGCAUUCCGUAGCUAUAAUAGCUGCGCAGACUGCUCGCAGGUGACGCGUAGACUAUUUUGUUGUUUGUUAUUUAUUUUGUAAAUAGGCUGUUGUUGUUUGUGUCAGCAUGAACUUUGCCAUUUUUGGCAGAUGAAAUUGGGAGUAUCAGUAUUUCAAUUGUUUUUGUUUAUAAGAGAAUAAUAUAUCUCGAGGCUGCAAACUACAGAAUGUUGUGUACAUAGUGGUGUAAUAUAUUAUGUGAGGACUUGGACCUAUGUGUGUGUGUAAGACCAGUGCAGUGAGUAGAUGUGGCGAGCUUAGUCUGUAUAUAAAUGUUAUUGUAUGCUUAGAAAGUAUCUUUCUUUUUUAAAGAUAAAUGGAGAUGCAGGAAUAAAGUUACUUCAGCCACUCACCUAUCUACCACUAAAUGUAGCUACAUAAAUAUUAUAUAAUUACUGCAUUAACUGUUGUCCAUAGACAGAAACCAUAGAAAUAUAAAUGUGUUUUUCUCAAUGUUGUCUCAGUGUCUACAAUUAGAACUAGUCAGUAUUCGAUUCCACGUUUUGCUGGAACUUUCGUAUUUCUGACCCCAUCUCCUUUAUCUCUGUGAAAUUUCAUCAAAAUAAAAAUGUAUAAAUACUAUGAUUCUCAGUUAU